AUGCGAACGUUAAAAAACAGUAAUAAAUUUAUUACUAUACGGACAAUGUCAAACAGUGUAAAACAUUACGAUUACUUAGUUAUUGGAGGUGGUUCUGGUGGUGUCGCUUCAAGUAGAAGGGCUGCCUCUUACGGUGCUAAAACAUUGGUAAUUGAAGGUAAGCAAAUGGGUGGGACGUGUGUCAAUGUUGGUUGUGUUCCAAAGAAAGUGAUGUGGUACGCAUCGGAUUUGGCUACAAAACUGACGCACGCGAAUGGCUACAAAAUUUUUGAGGGUACUGAUUUGAGUAAGGAAAACUUGACUUUUAACUGGCCUGCCUUCAAGGAAAAAAGGGACGCAUACAUUAGGAGAUUGAACGGUAUUUAUGAGCGCAAUUUGCAAAAUGAGGGUGUCAAUUACGUAUAUGGAUGGGCAAAAUUUAACAAGGAAGGAUUGGUUGAAGUAACCAAACAGGACAAUACUACAGAACUUUAUUCUGCAGAUAAAAUCUUGAUUGCUACUGGGGGUAGGGCAGUUUUUCCUGAAAACAUACCAGGAUAUGAGUAUGGUAAAGAUUCUGACGGGUUCUUUGGGUUGACAAAGCAGCCAAAGAAGGUAGCCUUGGUUGGUAGCGGUUAUAUUGGUACUGAGCUUGCGGGUGUUUUUAAUGGCUUAGGUAGUGAAACUCAUAUGAUCCUUAGAAAGAACCAUGUUUUAACCAAUUUUGACGCUUGUAUUAGAGAUACUAUUACUGACUAUUAUCGGAAAAUAGGGAUAAAGUUGCAUACAUCUUCUAAUGUUACGAGAGUUGAGAAAGAUGAAACAUCCGGACUUUUGACAGUUCACAUGGAUAGCGGGGAGAAGUUGACCGAGGUUGAUGAGCUUAUCUGGGCAAUUGGUCGUAAAUCAUUGUUAGGUCUGGGCCUUGAGAAUGUUGGCGUUAAAUUAAACGCAAGGGGACAAGUAAUUGUUGACGAAUAUCAACGUACAAAUGUGAAGAAUAUAUACGCCUUAGGUGAUGUUGUUGGUAAUGUUGAAUUGACCCCAGUGGCCAUCGCCACAGGGAGAAAGCUUUCUAAUAGAUUAUUUGGACCUGAAAAAUUCAAGGACGAAAAGCAAGACUUUGAGAAUGUACCAAGUGUAGUUUUUUCCCAUCCUGAGGCCGGUAGCAUUGGCCUCACUGAGCAAAGCGCCAUUGCAAAGUAUGGCAAAGAAAACAUCAAAGUCUACAAUUCUAGCUUUACGAGCAUGUAUUAUGCUAUGUUGGAGGAUAAAUCGCCAACUAAAUAUAAGCUAAUUUGCGCGGGCCCUAAUGAAAAAGUCGUGGGUCUACACAUCGUGGGCGAUGGUUCUGCAGAGAUCUUGCAAGGGUUUGGUGUAGCCAUCAAGAUGGGUGCUACCAAGGCAGAUUUCGACUCCUGUGUGGCUAUUCACCCAACCUCUGCUGAGGAAUUAGUUACUUUAAGAUGA